AUGUUAUCCCAUCAUUCAAAUUGCAAUCAGGUUUCUGAAGACAAUGAGUGUUCUAGAAGUACAACAGGCGAAAACUCCAUCAAACCUACUUCAUCUACACUCAUUUCUGACAUUUUGGACGAGUUAUCCGAUGAUGUACUAAAGAGUCGUCUACAAUCCAUUUUACUAAGCAAAGAGUCUGAGCUUCUUGAGUCUCAAUCAGCAUACAAACAUGCACAGAAUGAAAUUAAUGAAUCAAAAAAGCAACUCACCAAACUUGAAUUAGAGUUAGUCAGUGUUAAAAGAGCUGCAGAAAUGUUAAUAGCUGAGCAUGAUGAUACAUUAUCGACUUUGAAAAAACAGUAUGAUGAAGAGUUGUCUUCAAUAUUGAUGGCUUCUGAACAGGGCUAUCUACAUCAGUGUGCAGAAGAUCAACACCUAAAUGAUUCAUCCUAUUCACUAUCGGAAAACUGUGAAACUCGGAAGUCUUCGGUUCAAUCUGUUGAAAAGAAAUCCGCUCAAAGUUUAGCUAAUCAAGCAUUUGACAAGAUGGAGAAAUUAGUUCGACGUGUCAGUCACAAAGCUUUAACAAAUAAUUUUAUUUUAAAUAAAUCCAGUGUAUCCUCAAUUUUAUCGAAUCAAGAACUUUGUCCGAGUAAAGAGGAUCGUUUACGUGCUAUUAUAGAACCCUAUGAAACGGAAAUCUCGCGUCUACAACAAAUUCUUAUCAAUCAUUCCAUUCCGUUUAAUGCUACAACCUCACAUCCUGAUUCUCCAGCUGGUAGUCUUAAACUGUCAGAUGAUAAGAAUUCAAGUAAUGCAUUCGAUUCAUCUACCAGAUGGGAUACUUUAACGACUACUUCAGAUAUCAAAUCAAACAGUACACCAGAAAAUUGUGCUAUAGUGAAAGAUGCCUCCAUGUCUAACACUAAUGACAAUAUUAACGAUAAUAUCAAUGCUAGUGGAUACUUAAAUAAAAAUGAUGAACGUUCAGAUAAUCACUUGACUAAACAGUUUAUGUGUGAUAAUGCUGUAUCUUUUAAAGAGAAAACAUAUUUAACUGAAGCUGUGGAGAACUUAGAAAAACAAUUGGCCUCGGUGACAAAUGAAUUGAAUGUUAAAACACAAGCUUUAAAAGUUGCUACAGAUCGUCGUUUAGAAUUGGAGAAUGUUCUUAAAACUCAGGUCGCUGAACAAGCAUCAAAUACAGAGAAAAUGUCCACACUUGCCUCACAAAUGGCUCAACGAUUGGAUGGUUUGAUGUCAAAUUACAAGUCCUAUAGAGAAGCAACUGAAAGAGAAUUGGCUACACUGAAAGUGGAACGUAAAAUAGCCGAAUCCAAUUUGGAGACAAUUCGUUCCCAUUAUGAUUCACUUAUUGGAAGACGUUCACAAGCUGCUGCUGAAUUAAGUCGACAACCGAUUCAGUUACCGAAUGAAAAAGAUGAAUUAGAACACUUAGCACUGAAGUUGUACGAAGAGAAUUUAUCAUUUCGGGAAGCACGUGAUCAUUUGGAAGAACGUUUAAAAAGUGAAACUGAAGCGCACAAAGAACAGUUGGCGGCUGAACAUCAAGAACGUCUUAACUUUGAGUCUUCAGUUAUACAAGAACUGGAUGAUGCUCGUAAGCAUCUUGCCAAUCUGACAAAUAUUUCAACUGAACGUGAUAAUGAAAUGGCUUUACGACAAAAAUUUGAAGAAGAAGCAAAAUCAUCUAAAUCCCGGCUAAAUGAAUUACAAGCUAAAUAUGAAUUAUCUGAAUCCAAUUUGACUGAAGCUCAAAAACGAAUUAUUGAUUUACAAGAUCAAGUUGGUCGACUACAAAAUGAUCUAGAUAAUGUUGAAUCAGUUCAAGCUGAUUUUGUUCGUCUAUCUCAAAGUCUACAAGUCCAGUUAGAAAGAUUACGACAACAAGAUCAAGAGGUUCGUUGGGUUAACCCAGAUGAUGUCACUAAUUGUUUUGGAUGUAAUUUCCUCUUCCCUACUGGAAUUGGUAGUGGGUCGAAAAAGAUCAACUGUCGACAUUGUGGUAAAGUGCAUUGUUCAGCCUGUAUGAAAAAUACUAUGCCAGCUGGACCUUUUGGUCAUGCAGCUGUUGUAUGCGAUGUGUGUCAUACUUUAUUGAAUAAAAAUAUUGCACCAUAUUUUAGUAGUAGUACACCAUCCAAUAAUAGUCAUAGAGAACAAUCCUCUUCUUCUUCUUCUUCUCCAAGACGUUUCAGUUUAUCAUCUGUGAAUCCUCAAUCGUCCCUGUUCACUCACUGUCAACUAAUCUAG